CCACCAGAUGUCCACAAACGGAGGACCAAACCAUUCAAGUGCUGGAGAACGGGGAAUCCCCUCAGAGCCGGUUUUCCGUGCAGAUGUUCCGGUUUGCUGGGAACUAUGACCUGGUCUACCUGCACUGUGAGGUGUACCUGUGUGACACGGUGAAGGAGAAGUGCAAACCGACCUGUACUGGGACCAGAUACCGAAGCGGGGGCUUCAUAGACAAAUCCCGUGUACUGAACUUGGGCCCCAUCACGAGACAAAGUGUCCAGGCCUCCAUCUCGAGGGCUGCUGCCAGCAGCGUCGGUAAGUUCAGGUCCUUUUUGCACAGCAGCCAGUUUCAAAAGGCUCCUGGAGAGCUGCCUGCCCGAGUCUGGGGUUGUAUGUGAAUGCACACUCACACC